AUGAAUGGCAGGGCGGUGUAUGCAGCGCCCUUGAAGGGCCUCGGGCGCCCAAGGCGGGUGCUACUGCUGUUGGUGCCCAACCGCGCCCAUCUGGCGCUGCGGCCCUUUUGCGCUGGGAACCCGAACGCGCAGCGAGCGCUGCGGCUCGCAGGGGCGGAGGUGCAGGUGCUGCGGGUGUGUUGCCUUUGCCAAGGGCGCCGCCUCAAGGAAGAGGGCUUCGUCUCUGAAUUGAUGCAGAGCGGCAGGACCGCCGCCUUUCAGCUGGCGGCGCCCGCGGCUUCCGCGGAAACGGCGGCGGCGGCGCUGUCUCAGCGCCUGGCCUGGGCGGAGGCGGCGGAAGCGACGGAGCCGCCGGAGAGCCAAAGCGUUCUGGUGAUCAGCGCGGAUGCCUUUAUCCCAGAGAGGUGGUGCCAGAUGCAGCUCGUGGAUGGGGAGCCCUGCCCCUUGCUUUGGGCCAAGCAGCUGCUGGCUGCACCAGCUUCGCCCCUGCUGCUUCUGGGCGAGCCUGGCGGAACCGAAGGCUAUGCGCUGUCACCACGGCUGUUGCACGAGCUGCGCAGUUGCGACAACCAGGUUCAGCCCAGUGCCCAGCAGAUGAUUGCGCAGCUGUGCAGCCUGGCCAAGGCCAUCCACCCCGGUCCGGUGGCGUGUGCAGGGCUGCUGACGCACCGGCCCAGCGCCCGCCCGGCGCCACCACUGCCGCGCCCGCUGCUGCGGUCCAAGAGGAUGCACGACGGUAUCAAGGUGGUUGUCAUCACUUUGGCGCACCGAGCGGACCGAAGGGUGGAACCCCUGGUGGGUUCCCCCGCGUCCCUGGCGGCACUGCGCCACGCAGGCUUCGAGGUGGAGGUCUUGAGGGCCUCCUGCUACUGCGAGCGGGAUGCCCUCGAGCAGUAUGGGCGUUUGCCCUGCUUCUUCGGAGACCUCUGGGCAGAGUUUCGGCGCUAUGAAGGCGCCGACAAGCCGCUCGACUCGGAGGAAGAGGAGGAGCUGCUGGAAUAUGUGAAUGAGAACUACAAUCACGGAGCCGAGCGCCUGGUGGAUCCAGAUGACGGUGACCUCGCAGGCUAUUUGCGGGACACCAACUGGCCGGGCGCCACCAGCUGCGCCAUGAGUCACUUGAGGGCCUUGGUGAAGUCCGCGCUGGACGGUCACGAGUUUACGCUUAUCUGCGAGGACGACGCAGUGAUCCCCACCGAAGUAGCCAAGAAGAGGGGCUGGUGCGAGGGCUGCGAAGGGAAGCUGUGCUUUUGCCCCACGGCCUGGGUAUGCUGUGUUCAGGAGGCGGUUGAACUCAUGCGGCGCGCUCCUCACUUGGAUUUGCUGUACCUGGGCGUGGGGGAGGCCUUCGAGCCCCAUGGCGAAGAGAUUCUGGCGGCAGACAGCGACAGUGAGGACGACCUUGGAGGCACGUGGGAUAACGGAGCUUGGCUACACGUGGUGCGCGGGCGCCUCAGCGAGCUCUUUUUGAGCUCCAUGUUCGAGGAGUCUCAGGGCGAGGGCAACCGCUUGGUUUUGGGCCCGGAGAUCACAAGUCAUGUGCUGGCACUCACGUUGCUCAAUUUGCACUUGAGCAGCGCCUAA